AUGGCAGAAUCAAAUACCACCAUCCCUCAGGAAGCCCAACAGUCCAGGUACAAUACCGCCACCGACAUCAAGACCAACGACCACGAAGCAUUUCAUAUCCCUCCGCUACCAAGUUCCGUCGAGGAGGGCCUGGAACUACCAGUUCCCCCGCCAGACGCCGAUGACAGGACCCCGGCUGCCACAGAGAACGCACCGGACGACGCCGGUCUUGCAGAGGACGAGGUCGUAACGACAACGAAGAAGAGCAAGGCAAGCGGGAGGAAUCAGCCCGCCAAGGCGCAGGAAACUCCAAAGGACAAGAAACCAUGCGCCAAAACUGAGUCGGCACGGGCCAAGUACGACCGCAUCGUGGCCCUCGAGUGCCUCGCGAAACGGAAAUGCGCAAACUGCGCCAAGAAGAGGAGAGGCUGCGACUGCUAUAUCGAUCCAGAAAGGCUGAACUCGGCUUGUGCCAAGUGCACUCUCCACAAGGAGGGUUGCUCUUUUGUCCAGGACGCAGCUGAGCCGCUGGGCCCGGACGGAAUCGUCAACGCUCUGGCCGCCCAGGAGCUGCCAAGUCGCAGGGCACCUGCGGGACGCGAGGAGGCAGCCGAGACGCCCGUCAGGAACGCCGUGGGCGUUGCACCGAGCGACUCCGUUCCGGAAGAAGUUCAGGAACGAAUCGAGCAAGAACUAGCUCGUUAUCAAUCAGCACCUGUCGAACAAAAGCCGGCAGCGAUAAUGGCACCAGAGUCCCGACUGGAUGCCUCUCGCGACGAAAAGAGCGGCCUUAAGCGGACGCCUCUCCCUUCCAGUCGUCCCAAGCCGGUCACGACGUCCGGAGUGGGUGCAAAGAGGAAGCCACUUCCUGAUGGUCGCCCCCAGUCGUCAUCAAAAAGCACCGACGACAGCAAGCCGGAGCCUACGGAAGACGGCGAUCCUGUCCCAAAGAGAGAAACGUCCCCGGCGAAAAGACGGAAGCUGGAGUCGGCAGCCUCUCAGACCACAGGCGAGAACGGUGAUUCGGUGGAGGAUAUGAAAAGCUAA